GUCUCGUCGUCAGCAGAGAAGAGAAACCCAAGCAAUCCGCCUCAUCCCCUGCUCGCCACGAUGCUCGCGACCGCCUCGCCGCACCUCCACGGCUCCGCGCGACGCCUCUCCCUGGCAGCGCCCACCGCGCAGGCCCGCUGCGGCGUCUGCUUCCCACACCGGCGCCCAGCCCGGUACGCGGCGUCGGCGGCUGCAGCGGAGGCCGCCCCGCCCGCGAAGGAGGGGGCCGAGGAGCUGGGGUUCCAGGAGAUGGCGUCCGGGACGCGGCGGAGGUACUACAUGCUCGGGGGCAAGGGUGGGGUCGGGAAAACGAGCUGCGCGGCGUCGCUGGCCGUGCGCUUCGCCAACAACGGACACCCGACCCUCGUCGUCUCCACCGACCCUGCGCACUCGCUGAGCGACUCCUUCGCGCAGGAUUUGGGUGGCGGGACGCUCGUCCAGGUCGAGGGCCCUGAUUCCCCAUUGUUUGCGCUUGAGAUAAAUCCCGAGGAGGUUCGGGAAGAGUUUCGGACAGCAAGUCAAAAGAAUGGAGGGACUGGGGUAAAAGACUUCAUGGACGGCAUGGGCCUUGGAGUGCUUGUUGAGCAGCUUGGAGAGUUAAAAUUGGGGGAAUUAUUGGACACACCACCACCAGGAUUGGAUGAAGCAAUUGCAAUUUCAAAGGUUAUCCAAUUUCUCGAAGCACAAGAGUACAACAUGUUUAGCCGCAUUGUGUUUGACACUGCCCCCACGGGCCAUACACUCCGGUUGCUAUCCUUACCAGAUUUCUUGGAUGCGUCCAUUGGGAAAAUCUUGAAGCUGAGGAGCAAGAUUGCUUCUGCAACAUCAGCUAUUAAAUCAGUAUUUGGACAAGAGGUUCAACAGCAGGAUGCAGCCAACAAAUUGGAGCAACUGAGAGAAAGGAUGGUCAAAGUGCGAGAGCUCUUUCGUGACACAGAAUCAACAGAGUUUAUAAUCGUGACAAUCCCAACGGUGAUGGCAAUCAGUGAAUCAUCAAGACUGCAUUCUUCGUUGCAAAAGGAAAGUGUUCCUGUAAGGAGACUCGUUGUCAACCAAGUUCUACCACCUUCAACAUCAGACUGUAAAUUUUGUGCUAUAAAAAGAAAGGAUCAAACACGUGCUUUGGACAUGAUAAGGAAUGAUCCAGAAUUGAUGGGGUUGAACAUUAUCCAAGCACCUCUAGUGGACAUGGAGAUUAGAGGUGUUCCUGCUCUCAAGUUUUUGGGUGAUAUAGUGUGGAAGUAACUUCAGUAGGGAAAGUAGGAUCACUUCAGGGUGCUUAAUAGCUCAAUACCGCUGUUAGCCCAUUGAGUGCUGCAUUGUCGAACUGCUUUGCAAACUGUGAAACUUGCUAUCAGCUUGGGUAGUUCUUUAUAGAUAGAAUGCAGGUAGCAUAUUCUCAUACCUUAAAUCUGAGUGGAUGGCCUCGAAUUGGAGGGGUUUGCUGCACUAGCAUAUGGCGAAUUGUUACACUUAGCAGCUAUGUCGGAUUGGAUAUAGUUGGAAACAUGCCAAUUGAGCCCAAAUGGUGUGGUAUUACUGCUUCUGUCCCUUAGAUAUAUAGAUAGCAACACUUGUGGCCUUUUGAUUCUGCAACUUUGUAAAGUUUGUUCUUGUGUACGUGUCAUGUAAAUUUUGUUUCAAGAAAAGAGUUUUUUCUUCCCC